ACAGCCUGAUCAUCACUGAUCAUUCGGUGUCAGUGCGGGUAGCGGUUAGGAGGAUUCUGGCUGGCUGUUUAUUACUCACGGUUUACUCGUACCUGACUCGUACCAGGUUCUCAACGAUAAUAUCACGCUAACUAUUCUGAGUUGACAGCUGACAGGUCAUACUUCACUAGAUUUCCGGAAUGAGUAUUCGUUCACCCAGUGUGUAAACAACAGACUGUACCGAUAAGCCCUACUGAAAUGGCUGUUAUCACUGCUAGGCUUGUCCUGGCUCUUCUAGGCAUUUCUAGUGCCCUGGCCAUAAAAGCCCCAAAAUUCAGCAAUGCAUACACAGCAAAAGGCACACUGUACAUACCUUAUGCUGAAAUUCGAGAGCCAUUCUUCGCAUGGUAUGAUGCCGGCAGUGGAGCCAGCCGAAUUGAUUACUAUGGAGGUAUGGUGAAAACCUAUCAGCUAUCCAACGAGGGUGAAAAUGGUGUCAGCUUGAAGAUAGCACCGGUCACAACCGAAACAGAUCUCAAUGCAGAAACGUGCCUACAAGUGAAUGGAUCAUCCCAAGCUAAAAUUCUACCCCAAACAAUUAUUCCUGAUGCAACUGGAAUGGAGUGUAUCGGUGAGGAGAUAAUAAAUGGGCUUCACUGUGAAAAGUGGCGCCGUGUUGAAAGCUUUGGAGAAAAAUCCAAUAAAUAUACUCUGUGGAUUCGGUAUAAGAAAUCACCAAAGUAUCCACAGGUCAAGGAAGCUAUUCCAGUUAGAUACGAAAUGCGAGGAUUUAAUUCUCUUUUGGGAUCACACUAUGACCAUUACUAUCUGGAAUAUGAGUGGUAUUCAUUUGACAAACCAAAUGCCGAUGUAUUUAAAAUCACAGAAAAUGCAACAUGUGUCGGAUUCCCUGGACCAGGAGAAAACCAUAUUUACACAUUCAAUCCAAUGCGUGAAUUUAUUCACAAUUAUGAAGAACAUGUAAAUAUUGCUUUUGAUAACUUUGGAAAGACACACAAGAAACACUAUCCCGAUCAAUUAGAACACGCUCGUCGGAAGGAGGUUUUUAGGCAAAACUUGAGAUACAUCCAUUCAAUGAAUCGCGCAAGUCUGGGAUACAGAUUAGAUGUAAAUCAUUUGGCUGAUCGCACUGAUUUAGAAAUGAGGGCUCUACGCGGAAAACAAUAUUCCAAAGUGUCUGAUAAUGGCGGUAUGCCCUUCCCAUAUAAUACGAAUCAAGUCAAGGAUAUUCCAGAGUUCAUGGACUGGCGAUUGUAUGGUGCUGUAACUCCAGUUAAGGAUCAAUCGGUGUGUGGCUCAUGCUGGAGCUUUGGUACAACCGGAGCAGUUGAAGGUGCAUACUUCGUAAAAUAUGGGCGCCUGGUCCGACUUUCACAACAGGUUCUGAUUGACUGUUCAUGGGGUUUUGGUAACAAUGGUUGUGAUGGAGGUGAGGACUUCCGAGCUUAUGGAUGGAUAAUGAAGCAUGGUGGUCUUCCGACUGAAGAAGAAUACGGCGGUUACAUGGGUCAGGACGGCUACUGCCACGUGGAUAACACAACCUUGACUGCAAAGAUGACUGGUUUUGUCAAUGUCACUCCACGUAACCCAAAGGCACUAAAAAUUGCCAUAGCCAAGCAGGGCCCCGUUUCAAUCGCCAUUGAUGCAUCCCACAAGUCAUUCUCUUUCUAUUCUAAUGGAGUUUACUACGAUUCCGCAUGUGGUAACUCAGAAGAUUCAUUGGAUCAUGCAGUGUUGGCAGUUGGGUAUGGUACAAUGAAUGGUAAAGACUACUGGUUGGUGAAAAAUUCUUGGUCUAACUAUUGGGGAAACGAUGGCUAUAUUUUGAUGGCCCAAAAAGACAACAAUUGUGGUGUCCAGACCAUGCCAACCUAUGUGUCCUUUGAUUAAACUCGGUAUCAUACCAUUUGUCUUUUAUUUUUGUUCUUUUUUUUUGUCAUAUUAUUACUGUCACAUCCUGCCGAAUGUUGGCAUCGUUAUAUCUAAAUGUAAUAUUAUUGCGUGAUAAUUUGAAAGAAAUGAGAAUCAUUUCAGUAGAUGAUUAAAGUACAGCGAUAAUUAGUUUAAAUAACUCAAGUAGAAAAAAGUGUAAUUUGAUACUGACAAUGAGUCAAUAAAGAUGAUGAAUGUGGAGAUA